CGACAAGGGGGUCUGCAUCGGGAACGAGGCUGUGUGGACCCGCGAAGCUAUCGAUCCAGGGGAAGCCCUGCUAGGAAUGGACCUGGUCCGUUGGCAAUGGCAGCCGCAGGUUGGUCCUGUUGUACCACUGACUGCAGUGAUAUAGCAGUGAUAUAGCAGCAGCAGGACUAACCUACUCCAGGGGCUGCUGCUCUGUGGCUGACCCUAUGCUGCUAUGUGACUGACCCUAUGCUGCUCUGUGGCUGACCCUAUGCUGCUCUGUGGCUGACCCUAUGCUGCUCUGUGGCUGACCCUAUGCUGCUAUGUGGCUGACCCUAUGCUGCUAUGUGGCUGACCCUAUGCUGCUAUGUGGCUGACCCUAUGCUGCUAUGUGGCUGACCCUAUGCUGCUCUGUGGCUGACCCUAUGCUGCUCUUUGGCUGGCCCUAUGCUGCUACCAGCCUCACAACUGUGUGUAUGUGGUGUCAGUGGAAUAAUAUAAGACAGAAUGUUCUAUUUGAUUCUAUUCUACUCAUAAUCUAUUCUAUCACUAUUCUGUUCCAGUAUCCCAACCCUGGUCCUCGAGUACCCACAACAGUAAACAUUUUUAUUGUAACCCUGGACAAGCACACCUGAUUCAACUUGUCAACUAAUUUUCAAACCCUCAAUGAGCUGAAUGAGGUGUGUUUGUCAAGAGCUACAACAAAAAAAUGUGUACUGUUGGGGGUACUCGAGGACCAAGGUUGGGAAACACUGUUCUAUUCUCCAGGUAUUCUACUCUGCUCUACUCUAUUCUACUAUAUUCUAUUCUACUCUACUGCUCUACUCUACUCUACUGCUCUACUCUACUCCUCUACUCUAUUCUAUUGCUUGACAGCUUGGGGCUUGAGCGUGCGGACAGUGCCUGGGGGGCGGUGAGUGUGAUCACUGGUCUGCUGGAGCAGCACGGCCAGGGGGGGCCAUGCAGGGAGGACCCGGCGCCCUUCAGCUACCACAACUCCUUCCUUCUGGUGGACCGCAACGAGGCCUGGGUCCUGGAGACUGCCGGCAAGCUCUGGGUGGCACAGAAAGUCACCGAGGGGGUGAAGAACAUCUCCAAUGCGCUGACCAUCGGGACGGAUAUCUCGGCUGAGCACCCAGAGCUGCGGAGUGUGGCCCAGGCCCAGGGUUGGUGGAGCGGCGAGGGGGAGUUCUGCUUCAACGAGGUGUUCAAGUCUGAAAACCCCCCCGCCAGGAUGGAACUGGCCAAGAAGCGCUACAGUGGGGGCACACAGCUCCUCCAACAGCAUGAUGGUUCUGUGACGGCCGAGGUGAUGAUGUCCAUCCUGAGGGACAAGCCCAGUGGGAUCUGCAUGGACUCUGGGGGGUUCCGCACCACUGGCAGCAUGGUGUCCAUCCUGCCCCGCGAUCCCAGCCUGCCGUGCAUCCACUUCCUCACUGCCACCCCCGACCCCUCCAGGUCUGUUUUCAAGCCUUUUAUCUUCUCUGAGUCUGUGACCCCAGUGUCGAGGGUGAUCUCCCCACAGUACGGCCCAGACGACCCGGUCAGGAAGCAGCCACGCUUCCAGAGCCAAGUGGACCGCAGGCACGACCUGUACAAGGCCCAUGAGGGGGCCCUGCAGACUAUGGAGACCAACCCGGACGCAGGGAAUGCUCUGACGGAGACAUUGAGGAUGUUGGAGGGCCAGUGUCUGACGGACAUAUCAGCCCUGCUCAGUGGAGAAAUACCAGCAGAUGAGGAACUGGGGGACCUGUUCUUUGACUGUGUGGACACGGAGCUGAAGUUCUACCAGUGAGGAGCGCCCUCAUGUGGAGAAUGCUAGUGCUUGCAGAUCGGCAGGAGAUGGCCCUGGGACUGUUACAUCCUGUGCUCCUGUUAGAUUGGCUCCCUCCCAUCUCACGCAUACGAACCCCCUGAUGCCAUUCCAUCCAUCAUUAACACAGAAUAUAAAUGUCUUAACGUUCCAUGGGAUUGGAGCAUCAUUAUCAUUUGUAUCACUUUAGGGAGCAAUGCUCGCCCCACAUUAGUGAGUAUGUGAUAGACCACUACAGGAGUGUACAUUACCAGUUAAAAGUUUGGACACACCUACUCAUUCAAAGGUUUUUCCUAUUUGACUAUUUUCUACAUUGUAGAAUAAUAGUGAAGAUGUCAAAACUAUGAAAUAACACAUGGAAUCAUGUAGUAACCAAAAAAGUGUUAAACAAAUCAUUAUAUAUUUGAUAUUCUUCAAAGUAGCCACCCUUUGCCUUGAUGACAGCUUUGCACACUCCUGGCAUUCUCUCAACCAGCUUCACUUGGAAUGCUUUUCCAACAGUCUUGAAGGAGUUCCCACAUAUGCUGAGCCCUUGUUGGCUGCUUUUCCUUCACUCUGCGGUCCAACUCAUCCCAAACCAUCUUAAUUGGGUUGAGGUCGAGCGAUUGUGAAGGCCAGGUCAUCUAAUGCAGCACUCCAUCACUCUCCUAGGUAAAAUAGCCCUUACACAGCCUGGAGGUGUGUUGGGUCAUUGUCCUGUUGAAAAACAGAUGAUAGUCCCACGAAGCGCAAACAAGAUGGGAUGGCGUAUCGCUGCAGCGUGCUGUGGUAGCCAUGCUGGUUAAGUGUGCCUUCAAUUCUAAAUAAAUCACUGACAGUGUCAACAGCAAAGCACCCCCACACCAUCAUACCUCCUCCAUGCUACACGGUGGGAACCACACAUGCGGAUAUCAUCCGUUCACCUACUCUGCGUCUCACAAAGACACAUCGGGUGGAACCAGAAAUCUCACAUUUGGACUCAUUAGACCAAAGGACAGAUUUCCACCGGUCUAAUGUACAUUGCUCAUGUUUUUUUGGCCCAAGCAAGUCUCUUCUUAUUGGUGUCCUUUAGUAGUGGUUUCUUUGCAGCAAUUUGACCAUGAAGACCUGAUUCACACAAUCUGCUCUGAACUCUGGGUCUUCCUUUCCUGUGGCGGUCCUCAUGAGAGCCAGUUGCAUCAUAGCGCUUGAUGGUUUUUGCGACUGCACUUGAAGAAACUUUCAAAAUUCUUGAAAUGUUCCAGAUGGGCUGACCAGUAAUGGACUGUCAUUUUCUCUUUGCUUAUUUGAGCUGUACUUGCCAUAAUAUGGACUUGGUCUUUUACCAAAUAGGGCUAUCUUCUGUAUACCACCCCUACUUUGUUACAACACAACCGAUUAGCUCAAAUGCAUUAAGGAAAGAAAUUCUAUCAAUUAACAUUUAACAAGGCACACCUGUUAAUUGAAAUGAAUUCCAGGUGACUACCUGAUGAAGCUGGUUGAGAGAAUGCCAAUAGUGUGCAAAGCUGUCAUCAAGGCAAAGGGUGGCUACUUUGAAGAAUCUCAAAUAUAAAAUAUAAUUUGAUUUGUUUAACACUUUUUUUGGUAACUACAUGAUUCCAUAGUUUUGAUGUCUUCACUAUUAUUCUACAAUGUGGAAAAUAGUGAAUAUAAAGAAAAACCCUUGAAUGAGUAGGUGUUCCAAACUUUUUACUGGUACUGUAUGUAUGUGACUAUGUGUAGAUCUGUUUCACAUUAAAACACCUACUGUAAGUACACCAUUUGUAAAAUGUGCAAUUCAUUGUUACAAGUGAAUGGGGGUUAGUUGACUGACUGCCCCAUGAGAAUUAACUAAUAAAAUAUUAGCUCUGUC